AUGGUGACACUUGUCAAGCGCUCCUUGAGCUUCAGCGCUCUGCUGAGCACCCUUCUACUGAUAUGUCUGCUCUCACAGCACCUUCAGCCUGCGUCCGCGCUCGCCAUUCCUCACCCAAUAGCUCAAAGUGACACUGAGAUCGCCGCUCGUCAAAAUUCGGGACAAGGUGCGGUGAGGUGGGACGGUACUAGCUUGUUCAUCGCCGGCACUCCCAUCACUCUGUGGAGCGGCGAAAUUCACCCUUGGCGCCUUCCUGUUCCAGGUUUGUGAGUUGGCUUCCCUCUUCCACCAGCCGCGUCGUCUCUCACAUCAGCUUUCUUGAUGCCGACAGGUGGAGAGAUGUUCUGCAGAAGUUAAAGGUGAACUUUCUUGCAUCGGCGCGCUUUCACAGGCCGCUCAGCGGGCUCACGUAUUUCACUUUCUCGCUCGCAGAGCGGAGGCUUCAAUGCCAUCUCCAUUUAUACCCAUUGGGGCCUCACAAUGCCGGCCAACGAUGCCAGUUCGAUCUCUCAAAAGGGCUUCAACGACAUUGCUCACUUUCUUGACACCGCACGCGAUGUCGGUCUGUUCGUCAUCGUUCGCCCAGGACCCUACAUCAACGCUGAGACGACCGGCGGAGGCAUGCCUGGCUGGGUGCAAAAUCUCAAUGCGACGCUACGCACGACCGACGAUGCGUAUCGACGAGCAUGGACGCCUUACUUGGACGCCGUCGUGGAUGUCACAAAGCCACGCCAGGUCAAGCUGGGUGCAGAUGGCAAGCUAGACACGUCCGCAGGCUCCGUCAUUGCUGUCCAAGUGGAGAAUGAAUUCCAGGACAAACUCAACGGAGCGUACAAAGCUCAUUUCGACGAGCUGAUAGCGUACUACAAGGGCAAAGGUUUGGAGGUGCCGCUAACCUUUAACUCGCUAGAGGGUCGCAACGACUUUCAAAGCGAUGAGUCGCUGGACAUUUGGGGCGUAGACUCCUACCCCCAAGGUUUCGACUGUGGCUCGCCCAGCAAAUGGAGUCCUACAAAGAACUACACUGAGAGCACACACGUGCGCUCCAGUAAUCCCAACUUCAUUCCAGAGUUUCAGGUAAGUGCGCGUCCUCCGGAUGCGACACGCAGAUGGAUCUUUGAUCGUACAGUUGUUCCUCGCCGCAUCAGGGAGGGUCGUACGACCCCUUCGGCGGCUACGGUUACCAAGCUUGUGCACAGCUCACUGGGCCGGAUUUCAUUCGAGUCUUUGACAAGGAUGUUCUGUCUCAGGGUCUGAAAAUGAUCUCGCAGUACAUGGGAUGUGAGUGCCGAGUGGACCUCAGCAGGUAUUUUGCUAGCCGCUGACCUGCCCAUGAGAACCCGCUAUCCAGACGGCGGUACCAAUUGGGGACACUUGGCAUUCGGUGGUCUCGUCUAUACUUCAUACUCAUACGCAAGUAGCGCACAACUCGCGUGUCUAUUAGCUUUGCACUGACAACGAACGGUUUCAUCUUCGUGCGCGCAGGGUGCAUCCUUGGCGGAAAAUCGCAUCAAGCUCGACAAGCUCUACGAGAAUGCUCAGCUCGGACGCUUCCUUGCCUCGUUUCCUGCGUUCAGUCGAGCCACUCUCAGGUCACGACAAGCAACCAACGGUAUCCUGGUCAGCGAACUACGAGAUGGAGAUUCUGGAUUCUAUGUGGUCCGUCAUGAAGACUCCACCUCGACUCAGACGAGCAGCUUCAAGCUCGACGUUCAGACGAUUGGUGGUCAAUUCAAGAUUCCACAAGAGAGCGAAGGCAUUUCCUUGCUCGGCCGCGACUCUGUCAUCGUUCCGGUAUCUCGAGUGCUGAGCGCUUCCAAGGCGACCUUGCUCUACUCCACCGCAGAUGUGAGCGUCGUGUCCGUCAUAGAUGGCCGUGACGUGGUGCUCGCGCAUGGACAUGCCGCACAACAACACGAGCUGCUGCUUCAGUCUAACGGCGACAAGCUAGCGACCACAGCGCAAGUAGACGGCGUGACGGUGAAAGAUACCGACAAGGGCUUGCUCAUCACUUGGAAAGCUGUCGCAGGUACUGCCGCUUCGUACGUCCCGCUCACGGCAGGCGACAACGAUCUGUUGUUGAUCCUCAGUUCCACAGAGGCCGCCUACCUCUCGGCACCGAUGUCGACCGCUCCUGCAGGGAGUCUCGAGUACAUUACAGGAUUUGGAGAGCAUGUGCUCAUCAGCGGUCUGUAUCACGUUGCAAACGCCACGGUGGACGGAUCGACGCUUCGCAUCGUUGGUCAAGUCAAUGCCACGACGACGGCGCUAGAGGUGGUCGCGCCAGCAGCUGUGACGGCCCUCACAUUCAACGGGGCUGAGGUCAAGACGACACGCACCGAUUACGGCUCGCUCAAGGGAACGUUGUCCGGUCCAUCUGAUGCGGCGAAAAGCUGGAAAGCGCCCGCUCUACAAGGAUGGAAAUCUGCCGACAGUCUGCCGGAAAUUGCGUCCGACUUUGAUGCGUCGAAAGGUGCGCAGCUCGGAUAUCGAUCGCGGCUUCAAGCGCGCUUCCACUGAUGCCUGCCUGCCUCUGAGAAUAUAGAUUUCAUCGCAGCGAACCUGACGAGUACUCCCAAUUCGUGGUUCGAAGCCAACGCGACAAAUGGCACCGUACUUUUUGUGAGCUUCGCGAACCUUCUCGUCAUUAUGGAAUGCGCUCUUAGAUAAUUUUCCACGCGCCACACCAUACCUGCGCCAUCACAGGCAGAUGCGUACGGCUUCCAUGCCGGCAACGUGAUCUGGCGGGGAAGCGUCGAGGGAGGCCAAAGCCGACCGACCGGACUGCAAUUGAGCGUGCAAGGAGGCAAGGUGAGGAAUUUUGAAAUUUGCAAACGCAAUUCGUCAUGUGCUGACGCGUACCGUCUCCGGCCUCAAAGUUCUUUGCCGCCUCGAUCUGGCUCAAUCAGACAUUCCUGGGGUCUUUGGAAGGCAGCUCUUCGGUGGAUGUCGCCAACGCCACCUUUGUGAGCGCAAAGUUGACACGCCAUCACCGUCGCUCGGCUGACAAUUCGUCCUCUCGUGUUGCCUUGCAGAGUUUCGACGCCCUCCCGGCUGGCAAGAGCAUUCUGACGGUCCUGCAGGACUCGACAGGCUUGGAAGAGGCAUCAAGCGACAACACCAUCGUGCCGAAUGCGCUCCCUCGGGAAGUGGCAAAGAAGCCUCGCGGCAUCACAAACUUUAGGUGGACCGGAGCUCAGAACGAUGCGCAGCCUCGAGUGGAGUGGAGCAUUGCUGGUAAUUUCGGUGGAGAACGCUACCCCGACAAGACGCGCGGACCAUUGAAUGAAGGUGGACUGUACGGGUGAGUGGGCCAUGUGAGAGCAAGAGGAGAGAGAGGGAUCGCCAGCUGACUCUGACGCGCGCUCUCAGCGAGAGACAAGGCUGGCAUCUCCCCGGAUUCGACGACAGCAAGUGGGAGGCGCACGAGCUCAGCGCAGGUCUCACUGCCCCAGGCGUCAAAUUCUUCCGCACAAGCGUCGACCUGGACGUGCCGACAGGCCACGAUCUUCCCCUCUCGCUCGUCUUUUCCAACGACGGGGGAACAGACUCCCAAAAUUCUCGCCCCACGUCCAGAUUUCUCCUCUUCGUCAACGGUUGGCAAUUCGGUCAAAGACUGACAAGGUGGGGACCUCAGACCGUCUUUCCAAUCCCUCCUGGAAUUUUGGACCCGCGUGGAAAGAACGAGAUAGCGGUUGCGGCUUGGGCAGUCGACGAAACCGGCGCAAAGGCAUCGCUUGCCUUCCAAGUCGACGAUGUGUUCGCUGGUGACGUCGACUAUGCUCUCGUUAACCCGUCCAUUGAGACUGUUCGCGGUGCACCGUCUGCAUAA